AAACAAAAGGAAGAGAAGAAAUAAGAGCUCGACAUUUCUGAGUUCCAGAAAAAUUAUUACUUGCAAAAUUAGAGCAAAAUGCCGCUGAAUAGAAUCGCCAUCGGAGAGCCAGGCGAGGCGAGCCAACCCGACGCUCUCAAAGCCGCUGUCGCCGAGUUCUUCUCUAUGCUCAUCUUUGUCUUCGCCGGCGAAGGAUCUGGAAUGGCUUUCAGCAAACUCACCGGCGAUGGACCAGCGACACCCUCCGGUCUCGUAGCAGCAGCUCUCGCUCAUGCCUUCGCUCUCAUUGUUGCAGUCUCUGUCGGAGCCAACAUCUCAGGAGGUCAUGUAAACCCCGCCGUCACCUUCGGUGCAUUCGUCGGUGGUAACGUAACUCUGCUCCGAGCUAUACUGUAUUGGAUAGCGCAAUUGCUCGGCUCCGUGGUGGCUUGCAUUCUUCUCAAGUUCGCCACUGGUGGAAUGAAAACUGCAGCCUUUGCAGUGUCAGCAGAUGUGACUCCAAUGAACGCUUUUGUGCUCGAGAUCGUCAUGACCUUUGGGCUGGUGUACACUGUGUAUGCCACCGCUGUGGAUCCAAAAAAGGGUAAUCUGGGAGUGAUUGCACCCAUAGCGAUCGGAUUCAUCGUCGGUGCCAACAUCUUGGCUGGCGGGGCCUUCGAUGGGGCGUCGAUGAACCCGGCGGUCUCGUUCGGCCCGGCGGUGGUCAGCUGGACGUGGGACCAUCACUGGGUCUUCUGGCUGGGGCCGAUGAUCGGGGCAGCGCUUGCAGCCAUUGUCUAUGAUAUGUGCUUCAUUUGUCGUGGCACCCAUGAACAGCUUCCCACCACGGAUUAUUGAGAAGACAUUUCCUUCCAUUUCUUUGGUCUAUUAUCUUAAAUUGCUUCUUCAAGUCUCUUGUCUUAAGCUGGAGCAACAAAUAAUAUCAUUUUAAGACGAAGGUAGUGAUUUCUCUUUCAUUUUAUUUCUUUUACUUCAAGAUCUUUUCAGGAGAUGAUGGAACAAGUUGGAUUUUAAGUA